UCAUAUUCUUCGAAACUUAUUUCUUUUUCCCUUUUUUAUUUUUUUUAAUUUUUCUCCACAAAAGCUACUCAACAGCUCCAAUACUCGGUGGAUUAACAAGAACGAAAGCCCUUUUGCUGCUCAGCUUCAGGCAAAAUAACCACGUCGAUAAGAGGGUUUGAAGAAUUGGAAUAUUGCAAUGAAUCCGUUGACGUUAGUGAAGCGUAUUCAGAAUAUUAAUGCAAAAGAAGCAUCUCUGGGAAUCUCUGAUGAUGCAUCCUGGCAUGCUAAAUACAAAGAUUCAGCUUAUGUAUUUGUUGGUGGCAUUCCUUUUGAUCUCACUGAAGGUGAUCUCCUCGCCGUUUUCGCGCAGUAUGGGGAGGUUGUUGAUGUCAAUCUUGUUAGAGAUAAAGGUACAGGCAAGUCAAAGGGCUUUGCUUUUGUUGCUUACGAGGAUCAACGGAGUACAAAUCUCGCUGUGGAUAACUUAAAUGGUGCCCAGCUUUUGGGUAGAAUAAUCAGAGUUGAUCAUGUUUCCAAGUAUAAAAAGAAAGAAGAAGAGGAUGAAGAGACAGAGAGGAAAAAGAGGGAGGAGCGAGGGGUCUGCCGCUCUUUCCAGAGGGGUGAAUGCACUCGUGGUGCUUCGUGCAAGUUCUCUCACGAUGAGAAGAGAGCUGCAAACACAGGCUGGGGUGCUGAGGAAGAUCGAAGUUCAAAAAGAUGGUCGCAUGACAAGGUUGAGGAUUCUAGGAAGGAUAGUAGAUCUGGUCCAUGGGGUCGGCCUCCACGGCCUGAUUACCAGGAAGAGGUCAAAGUCUCUGAUAAAGAUCCAAGAAAUUCGAAAGCAAAAACCAGUGAUAUAGAAAGGCACUAUGAGCAGAGAGAUUCGACUGCAAGAGAUCAUUAUAAGAGAGAUGUUGAGCAGCAGAGGUCAGAGCGGAAGGAAAAGGGUAGUAGUUACAAAGACGAUGAUCUGGAUAGGUCAUAUGUGGAGCGAAGAUCUAGGAGGUAUGAUGAUGUACAAACCUCAGGGGAAGCUACUGGGAGAAAAUCUAGGAGGCAUGAUGAUGUGACCUCAAAGGAAUAUGAUGAUAGGAGAGAUGAAAGAAGACAAAAAAGAUAUGAAUCUGAAUCUCAGAAUGCAGAAAAAAGAGAUAGCAAGGAACGGGAGAAACGAGCUCCGCUCCACCGUGAUGGAAGGGAUGAAGAAGAUCGGAGCCAAAGAUCACGUAGAUAGUGGUGGCCUGAUUUAGAACUUCAGAAGGUGCAUAGAUGACUACUGAAUCGUCUUAAGUUUGCAACUUCGGUUCCAAUUUCAAGUACAAUACCUUAUCUGACAGCCAGAGGUGAUCACCUAGGUUAAAGGUGUUUGAUCACCUAGUUUAAAAGUCCCUGCACCAGUAUGUUGUGGGGACCCUACAUUAAGGAGCUUUCUCAGAAAGGGGCUACUUAGUGCUCAUAAGCAAGGCCAUUUGGAAAUCACCUGAAAUGGAAUCCCAGCUUCUCGUGUGCUGUACUAGACAAGGGAUCGCGGGUAUUAGCAUCUCAAAUAUUGCAGUACAAUUACAGGCACUUGCUAGAAGGAUACAAGUGGCCGUUUACUGUACUUAUAAGUUGAUUUUGUCUCCAUUUUACUUAAAGGAGCAAUAUCAGCCGUUGAAUCUUUCCAUCUCAUUUGAUUUUAUCUUUUAAAAUUUCCAUAUAUUUGGGCUAUUUGAUGGUUUGA